GAAUGAAAAAAAAUAAGAAGGUGUGGGAUUUGGAGUUUGAAAAAUGAAUCGACGAUUGAACGAACGUACGGACCUUUAUAAAUAACCGAACGGACGAACGAACGAAUCAACGAAUUAUUAAUUAAAGGGACUUGCACAACUUGCAAGGAGGAGAAGGAGGAGGAGUGUGUACGUGCGAUGCAAUUAGAAAUUCAAACGAAGGGUGAAACUCGUCGCCUCCUGAGCAUCCAGGGCUUUGAUGUUUAUUGAACUCCAGAAAUUACGUUUGGUCUCUCUCUCUCUCUCUCUCUCGUGCUCUCUCCUACGCCACUGUCGCAAACUAGGAUGAUGAAACGAGAAGGGGGUUCUCGGUGGGGUUUGAUUAUCGAUUCCCUGGGCACGCUCUCAGUCAUUCACUCCGGGGUUUGUUCUCUCUCCUCUGUCUGGAACUACCCCAUCGUCUCUCCCUUUCUCGUCCAUGAAACCAGGGCUACCAACGUUCAACACACCCACCCCCGAAGGAAAAGUCCACCACCCCCAAUUUUCAAGGCACUCUCUCGCUCUCUCUCUCUCUGUUUUUUUUUUUAGUUGUGUAAAAGUGCGCUUGCGUGAAUUAGAGCAAAAGGGGUGGAAGAGACAAAAGAAGAGGUUGAAAAUUGCUUGAGAGGGGAUGAAAGAGCCGAAUGGCAACGAGUGCCAACUGUCAGGGUUGCCAACCUCUUUCCACGUGUAAAAGGGCUUUUACUCCAUCGCGUAGAACUUUGAGGCAAUGCAAUUGGUUGAACGACCCUGAGAAUGUCACUAAAGUUCAAGAGAGGUUACUGGAAAAACAACCGAAAAAAAAAAUUCAAGACUCGGGCGGAAGGAAGAAAUAAUAAUUGGAGAGUGUGCAAUAUCUAAUUUCACAAAAAAGGCACAUACACAUUGCAUUUAAAGAAACAGCACACGCAUAUCAGGAAUAUUAUUUUAUCGAUUUAACAAUACCAAGGAAACCGGCUAACUGGCCAAAUGUCCCCAAAGUUUUUGGAAUCUGAAUUUGCAAGCAUCGCAAGCCGACAGUGUUGCCCUCGUCCUGCCGCUUUCAAUAUGUCGGACAACGAGUCUGAGAGCGAGGACAGCGAGGCAGAGGGAGGACUUGGAAACGUGAAUAAAUUGGUGAUACGUCCACCGGGUCACAGUGGAAAGGCAAAGAAGGGACAUCUUUGUUUCGACGCCUCUUUCGAAACGGGGAACCUUGGCAGAGUAGACCUCGUCUCUGAAUUCGAAUAUGACCUUUUCAUUCGGCCAGACACCUGUAGUCCACGCCUAAGGCUCUGGUUCAAUUUCACCGUUGACAAUGUCAGAGUCGACCAGAGGGUGAUAUUCAACAUCGUCAACAUUUCCAAGAGUAAAAAUCUCUUUCGCGAUGGAAUGACGCCCCUCGUGAAAAGCAGCAGUCGACCAAAAUGGCAAAGAAUACCCGGCCGUCAGGUGUUUUACUAUAAAUCGGCGCAACAUCAAAAUCAUCACGUUUUGAGUUUUGCCUUUGCAUUCGAUCGUGAGGACGAGGCCUAUCAAUUUUGUCUCACGUAUCCUUAUUCCUAUACACGUUACCAGGGACAUUUGGAUAAUUUGGUAUUGAAAUAUUCAUGGGUGAGAAGGGAGAAUUUAUCGUCUUCGGUGCAAAAGAGAAAAGUCGAAUUGAUCACGAUUACGUCGAAUGAAAAAUGCGAGGAGCAUCCACGUAAAGUGGUUGCUGUUUUGUCGAGAGUCCAUCCUGGAGAGUCGCCGUCCUCCUUUGUUUGUCAGGGGCUCAUGGAUUUUUUGGUCAGCGCACAUCCAAUCGCUAAGGUUCUUCGGGAAUAUGUUGUUUUUAAAAUUGUACCCAUGCUCAAUCCAGACGGUGUUUUUCUCGGAAAUUAUAGGUCGACGCUCAUGGGCAUGGAUCUAAACAGGUCCUGGAAUCGGAUUUCCGGUUGGAUUCAUCCAACCCUGGAGGCGACGCGAUCACUUUUGGAGUCACUUGACAAGGAUCAUAAAACACCGUUGGACUGUGUUUUGGAUCUUCACGCUCACACAAAUGCCACUGGUGUUUUCGUUUAUGGCAACACAUAUGACGAUGUUUACAGGUACGAGAGACACAUUGUCUUACCAAAACUACUUGCUCAACACGCCGAGGACUAUGAGGCUGGAAACACGAUGUAUAAUCAGGAUUUGCAUAAAUCCGGAACUGCUCGUCGGUACCUUUGUUCUAUUCUCAGCGAGCAUGUGAAUUGUUACACAAUUCUCGUCUCGAUGUAUGGAUAUUCCCGAAAAGGAACCACUGACAUUUUGCCGUACACUGAGGAAGGAUAUUACAGAGUAGGAAGAAAUUUGGCGAGGGUAUUUUUAGAAUAUUACAAGCUAACAGGAUUGAUUCCCUCGAGUUUGCCGGAUAAGCCUUCAGCGAAACGAGGACGUCAAUCUCGUCAGAGAUAUCGAGUUCCUCGGGAUCCUCGUCCCAGGACAGCUAGAACUCCAGCGCCUCUGCAUUUCACCAGCAUCCACGAGUACUUCCGUGAAAUGCCUGUAGCGGAGCCGCGUUACCGAUCGAUGAGCGGUACGCGAAUGAACGUCGGCGUGCCGGGAACCGGAAGUGGGGCCGGGAUUGGAACUGGAACGGGCGGCGGCGGUGGCGGCAGAAACCUAAGCUACAGGUUCCGGAGUCCCGGGGCACCGCUCGUCGGCAAAAUAGCCGAGCCGAGACGCUCCACGGAACCAAAGCUCACCAUUAUCGAUUUCAAUCAGCUGACAAAGGGUGGUUUGGACCUGGCUACAGGAAAGAACAGGGCAAAGCGGGAGAAAAAUUUCACGUACCUGGAAUGAAUAACUGCAACGAAAUCGUCAAAUUUGAAGAGAUUUUUUCCCCGUUGUUUACG